AAGGCCUGAUCUGAUUGCUUUUCUGAAUAAAAUAAUGUACAAUGUAUAAUGAAUAAAGUGUAAUCAAGUUCACUACGUCUACUACUGUCUUCACGCCUCUCCUCCCUCCGCUUCUAAAUCUUUCCCGCUCAGUAAAGUGUCCAUCUUUUAGCACAGAAAACACAGAGAAAAGAGAAUGAACAGUACAUCACCAACAAAUUCAUCAGUAUCAACAACAGCAAUUAUUGGAGGUGGAGGAGGAAGUAAUAGCAAUGCUGCUUUGGAUGAUUUUCAUUUCCCUUCUGAUUUAAUUUCCAUCCAAGACCGCAAAGAUGAGGCGAUGCUUGCACUAAAAACUGAUCUGAUGGCUGCACUUAACAAGGAGGUUAAAUCCUUGGAUGAAGAUAACUGGAAGUUUGAAGGGCCUCGUUCUCGUAUUAACCUUAUAUCAAGACCAGGUGGAUUUCUAAGCAAGAAGUUGGAAAUAACAAAGAAAAAGAACUUGGCCUUGCCGAAAUGAUGUAAUUCUUCAGACAGCCUGCAUCUUUUGCAUCAAUUGACUGUUGGAUUUGAGAAGAGAAACAAUUAUAAGUUGAUCAAAUUCCAAGACGAAAAGAACCAAUGCCAUGACAGUCCUGUCGGCCUGCUAGGGAUUUCUUUGCUCUGUCCAA